GGCUUUGAACAGCAUUUUCUUCAUAUCUUCUAAGCACAGCAAGUAUACUGGCAUUUCAGAAGAUACUUAUAAAGUAAUGAUAGAAGAGCUUGAAGAGAAAUAUGACGUUGGAGGAGAAGUCGAUCUGGAUGAACUUGAUCAAUUUCAAGUUGAAAAGUUAAGGCGAAUAUACAAGGUAACCAUAUCAAAUAUAAUUAUAAGUGUUGUCAACUAUGGUUAAUGGCUUCAACAACUGUAGCUCGCAAAGAAAGAUAUUGAAAAAGCCAAAAGAGAGGCAAAUAAUUUAAUGUUCGACGUAGAAGGAAUGGAAGAGAAAAUGUGCCAAUCUAUUGUUAACUUUUUGAAUGAAUGCUGUUUUCCUUUCUCCUCUCGUUUCAAAGAGGACAUCUUUAACAAGAAAGUUGUUACACCAUUGCUCUCACCAUUCUUAAGAGAGAAUAAGUAUUUGAAGCAAUUUGGCAAUGACGACGAAUCCAAUGGCAGCAAAGGAAGAAGGGGGACUCAUGGCAGAAAAUCAGAUGGUGGUCUGAAAGUUGUGUAUAAGGAGCACGAACAGCACAUCCUCCACAUAGAAGUCAAAAGUCCAACAGUAAUAUCUGAAGAUCAAGUACACCAUCCUGACUUCACCAAAUUAGCAAACUUGAUGAAGGAUGAGGUGGAUUUGAUGUUAAAAAGAAACUUUCCGGAAGAUACACCGGUAUUUGGCAUUUUGGUGGGAGGAUAUCAUGCCACUGUAUAUGUUAUGGAUCUGAUGCAUACAAAAGUCUACCGAUUGUUCGAGAUCGGGUCGUUCUUUUUCCCUCACAAUGCACUAGAUUUGAACAGGCUUGAUGAUAUGUUUGACACAAUGAUCAAAGUUAAUGUGUUGAUGAGUAAAAGUGUCAAAAGAUGCUUAAAAGCAUUCCGAUCAAAAUCCUCUUCUGGCUCUGUUCCUACAAGGCGGCAGCUUUAUGUCGAGUCGUUCGGCUCGCCAGAAAGAAAGUAAAAACUAACGUCGAGUAAAUUUAUUCAAAAUUCGAUAAAAGAAUAAAAACUAAUAAAUAAAUACAUUUAGCUGCUCUUUAUAAAUAGAAAGCCCCA